UAUAUCAGUGCACUAUGCGUAGAUCGCAUACGCUUUUAUUGGAGGAAGCAAAAUCCGUGAUGGAAUCAAAUGAUUGCGGUUCAGAUAGUUACUCAUCGAAUACGGAAUCGUGUACAGAGUCGUACGGUGAUGGCAGUGAAACUGCCAACUGGGAGGAAUACGUAAAUGAAGAUGGACUUUUAUUUUAUGCCGAAUACGUUCCGUUCGAUUUAAAUAAAUGCUCGAUUAGCGCAGAUAAGUUCGGCGAUAUUAGCAAAAAUUGUUCAUUGCGUUUUUCGAAGAAGCACGCUCGCAGGCCACUUCAUCAAAAUUCGAAACUGAAUCAGGAAAGUAAGGAGCCUGGCGAAUCCGAAUUGAAAUUCGCUGACAUAGAUAAGCGGCAUGAAAAUUGCAAAACGCUAGAAUUGGUUAUAACCGCUUCGGAUCGUUAUCGGUUCGGUCGUCGAUCGACUGCAGUGGAAUCAAUUUUAGGAUAUCGUGUUGCCCCCUUUCCUGAUCAGCCCGAAUGUUUGAUGGUUGAAAGUUUCGUCCACGAUAUGCCCGCUUUGUUACAGCAAGAAAAGCUUGUUCCCAUACUAAAAGGUGAUUGGUUCAAAUCUCUGAAUGAUAUCGAAAUACAUACAAGCAAUGUUGACGCUCUCCUAUUACAAUUUAUUGAGCCAACAAGGGUAUGCUUAACAUUUCAGGGGCGCUCAGAUUUACAACAUGAAGCCAAGAGUUCUGGCACAACCAAUAUGAGCGAGAAAAAACGAAUAAUAAAUUUUGAUAUGUUUGCCAGUAUGAUUGAAAAAUUACUCAAUUUAUCGCCGCUAAUAACGGAACAAUUUGAAAGUGUAUUAAUGUUCGCCUUAUUAAUCUUACCACCCGAGUGUUAUCAGAACGAUGAGCAUAAAAAUUCGCUUUUUUAUUAUCCGGAGGAUAUUAACAAAAAUUUUUUAUAUAAAGCACGUGGAAGUUUUCUUACCUUGCACACGGUGCUUAGCGAGGAACUUAAGACUAAACCGUCUGCGUCUAAAUUGACUUUCGAUAAUAGUCAAUAUUACGUUUGCUAUCGAAACAUUAACGGAUUUCUUGUCCUCUUCUCAUUCCCUUGCGCGUUUGUCAAUCUUUCGGAGAGCAAUUUGCGUGCCGAUGAGCUCAUAAAUUAUAUGCAUUUUGCGUUGCCUCAUAUUGGCCUCGAUAGCUUUAAAAAUAGUUAUUUUCGUAAUUGUUUGGUAAACUUUUGCAAUAUACAACGCGUUCGCUUGCUUUUAAGCUAUAAAAAGCAUUCGUCAUCUUUUGAGGAAAUUCUUAGAGAAUCACGUUACUUACCGUUACCGAAAGAGGCCCAACUACGAAUAUUUGAUGCGCUCAGCGAAAUGGAGUCGAUGGACUAUCGUAAUUGGAAUGACGAGCCGUUACAUACGCAUAGGGAAUUCUUCAUUUACGGCAGCGUACUGUAUUUCAAUCAUUUUAUAUUGAUCUCGCAAAUGCCCUUAGAGAUGCGUCUACACACUGAGGUUACACUUCGAUGUCGUGGAAUUUUUGAUUUUGUGACCAGAAAUAAUGUGAAAGAACUUUAUAUUUGGGAAGAGAUUGAGCUUAAUAAUUUGACAGGGCGUUAUUUUUUAACUCUAUGCGGUCGCAAUCAUCUAAUUUUGGCUGUUAUUUUGAAAAUGUUUGAAGCACCUGAUGUAGAGAAUGGUUGUAAAAUUUCGCCAUCUCUAUUUUAUAUUGAGGAAAUUCAAGAGACAUUGGAUCAUUUGAUACGCAGCGGUAUUGAGUCCUUGGCCAUGUUUUGGUCCGUAUCGAAUAAACGUCCCGAAAUAUUAGAAAGUCUCUUGUCAACCGAAGGUCAUGAAUCAUUAGAAACAUGCGCAACAAAAAAAUUUGACAUGUACCUUAAGCACAAACUUGCAUCACCCAGCUGCAGUUCGAAAGAAUUGACCGCAAACACAAGUGCUCAAGGACAGCGAAUUAUUUCCUACGAUGAAGAUACAUUACUUUGCUCAUCAUUGGGCGGAUCGUCUGUGCACAGCUUAACGCUCAGUGAAGAAGAGUUGAGUAAAAAGCGUUUGAUUUCGAAUCCGGUCGGUGAUGAGUCUGACAGCGGUUCGGAUUGGGAAAACUUCUCUGAUCGUAACCCAUUACAUUAUACUGGCUUUGAAUCGGACACUCAAUCACAAGUUACUGAAUCACUUUGGAAAGAGAUAAGUAAUGUUGUGCCUACUAAAGUAUCGGCCGGAUGGAAAAAUUCAAUAUAUUAUUAUCUAUAUAUCGAUCAUUCAAAUAGCACUGUAUUCUGUCCAUUAAAAUCAUCUGCCGACAGUUUUCCUUAUGUGCAAGAAAUGCGACAAGCUUUUCACUUUAUACACAAUAUCUUACAAAAGACGAAAUGCUUGCGGCGCGACGCGAAUAAAGUGCAUAGUCAAGAUAUUACUUUAAUAAGAGAAUGCGGAAUGACUGUACAGGUGCAAGAUAAAUUCACUCCUAACAAUGACUUGAUGAAAGCCCGUUUUGUCGUGGUCGGCCGGUUCUUCCAGUCUUCUCAAACCGAAAUAUAUAUAUGUCAUCGUCCUGAAAUUCCGCAAAAUAUGGUGGAGUUGGCAUUUCGUCUAUCGUUCUACUCAUUUGGCUAAUAACGCAUUUUUCAUAUCUGAACAAAGGAUAAUUUGUAAGAAUAGUUAUUAGUAUAGCAUUGUAUAAGUUUACGCUUUCAUGAUGAUAUCCUGAACUGGAAUCGUGAACAUCGAAGAUGGUGGCUAUAAAAAUAAAACAUAUACAAUUUUUGUUGUAAAAAUAA